ACCAUAGAAGUAAAACGGACUUUCUGUGCUCCUGACAGUAGUACAGCACAGUCAGUACGCGUGACAUCACAUGUCAACACCACCACCGCCUGCAGGUCUUCUUCGCUUUUUAGUGGAGCAGCGAUGUUACAAGUAAAGAACCGCAUGCGAUACAGCAGGCCGGGCGUCGCCGCCGCGAAGCUGUUCUCCUCCGUUCCAGCUAAGAACCCCGUCGUGUAUUUGGACGUCGAGGCCGAUAAUGAGCCUCUUGGAAGAAUAACAAUUGAGUUGAAUGCAGAUGUAGUGCCAAAGACUGCAGCAAACUUCAGAGCACUGUGCACUGGGGAACUUGGCUUUGGAUUCAAGGGAUCUGUGUUUCACAGGGUCAUACCUGAGUUCAUGUGUCAGGGGGGAGAUUUCACCCACCACAACGGCACAGGAGGUAAAUCGAUAUAUGGGAAGACAUUUAAAGAUGAAAACUUCAAAUUAAAACACACUGGUCCAGGAACACUUUCAAUGGCAAAUUCAGGGCCAAACACUAACGGCUCCCAGUUCUUCAUCUGUACGACCAAAACUGAAUGGCUUGAUGGUAAACACGUGGUGUUCGGGCAGGUCAAGGAAGGUAUGGAUGUGGUCAGCAAGAUGGAAUCCUUUGGUUUACAUGACGGCGGUGUGAUUAAGAAAAUAGUCAUCACUGACUGCGGGGAGAUCAAAUAACAACUAAGAUUACACAUGGACUUCUGUUGGAUUACUCAGCAUGCAACCAUUGGGUAUUUACUUUAUAUUUCGUUCUGUGGUGUUCAUGACACUUUCAAGGAGGAACUGUCACAAGCGAUUCUGCUACUUUACUGUUGAUUAUGAUGUCGGAAGAUAUCUUGCUUUUCCAAAUUUGAACUUGAACCAUUUUUAUACAAGCACUAAGUAAUUUGCUAUUUGCUAUGUUAAGUACUGUUAUUGCGUUUUUAGUCAUUUUCUGCCAAAUAAAAUGACCGUUUUCAAAUAUU